GGAUCAGUGUUUUUACAUAAUUCAAACACAUCGUCAGAAGACAUGUUCAGUCGGGGCCCAGAUUUAAGAUCUCUUUGCUGUGACCACGUGCUGAGAGGGCAACCUUCUUUGUAUUUAUUAAUUCCAUUUAUGCAGCUCACUCGUAAAGUUGAGUCUUCUCUUUAUUUACCAAACCUGAUUCAAAGCAUUUCUAGAUUUGUGCAUAUAAUCUUAUGUGAGCUUAUAGAGGCAGAAUUAUAUAGGCUUAUAGAGGCAGAAUUAUAUAGGCUUAUAGAGGCAGAAUUAUAUAGGCUUAUAGAGGCAG